AUGGGUGCGGUGUGUUGUCGACCUCAGCCCAUAGAUUUCGACGGGGAUGUUAACCUCUUCCAUUUUGUUCUUCUACGAUGUGUGGGCAAGGGGGCUUUCGGCAAGGUCCGUGUAGUGCAGCACAAGCAGACACGAAACUUGUACGCCUUGAAGUAUAUCAACAAGGCGAAAUGUGUCAAGAUGAAGGCUGUAGCGAACAUUAUCCAAGAGCGGCGAUUGCUCGAAGAGAUUGACCACGCAUUCGUCGUCAACAUGCGAUAUGCCUUCCAAGACGACGAGAAUUGCUUCUUCGUGUUGGAUCUCAUGUUGGGUGGGGAUUUAAGAUUCCACUUGGACAGACUAGGGUCCUUGCCAGAAGAAACAGUACGAUUCUACAUGGCUGAACUGUCGUCGGCACUUGCCUAUCUCCAUGACCACCGGAUUAUUCAUCGUGAUCUCAAGCCGGACAAUAUUCUUCUGGAUGAACAAGGCCAUGCUCACUUGACGGACUUCAACAUCGCCGUGCAUUACACCGAACACAAGCAGCUUACUGGGGUGGCAGGUUCCAUGGCGUACAUGGCUCCCGAGAUACUCGCCAAGCGCGGGUACACAUUUAACAUCGACUGGUGGUCGCUCGGCGUAUGCGCGUACGAACUCAUUUUCGGACGGAGACCAUUCAGGGGCAAGACAAACAGCGACCUCACCUACAGCAUCGCAAAGGAUCCACUACGGUUCCCUGAGGACGCGGAAAGCAGGUGCACCAGGGCAGGCAUACAGGCCCUCAGAGGGUUCUUGGAGCGGGAUCCCGCAAAACGUAUGGGAUGGUCCCCUAACGAGGGCAUGGGGGCGCUCCGGAGGCAUGCAUGGUUCGAGUCAAUUGACUGGGAAACGCUGGAGGAUAAGAAGCAGACGUCACCUUUUAUUCCUGACUCGAAGAAGGCGAACUUCGAUGCAUCGCAUGAACUGGAAGAGCUGCUCUUAGAGGACAACCCUCUGAAAGCACGGCAGCGAAAGGUACAGGAUAUCACUAGCUUGAGUGCGGAAAUGCGGCAGAUGGAAGAACAGUUCACACCGUAUGACUUCAAGAAGAUGCAGCGGCGCUCUUACUAUCCCCAGAAUCAGCAGCUUGUGUCUACAGCAACAAGCUCCUCCGGUCCUGCAUCGUCGCGUCCAGUUACCCCGAUGACGAUCGCAAACGACGGUACCCAAGAGGACUAUGCUUUGAAACACAGGGGCCGCUCAUACGAUGGCUACGAUGUCGACGUGCCAGCGACACCAGUCACGCCUGUCAACCCCCAGAUGAACCAAUACGUCUCUGAGAAGGAUAUAUGA